AUGUUCGGAAGUCCGAUUGCAGGGCGCAUCUGCUCGAUCGAGGGGAACAACAUAUGCGCGGAUUGCGGCGGCCGUUCACCUCGCUGGGCGAGCGUUAACCUCGGCGUGCUGCUGUGUAUAAACUGUUCGGGCGUCCACCGCAUGCUGGGAGUACAUGUAUCUCAGGUGAAAUCGCUCACCUUGGACAAUCUGAAGCCCGAGUGGAUAAAGGUUCUCACCAAUGUCGGCAACGAGAUAGCCAACAGCUACUACCUCCACAAGCUCCCGUCACACGCUCCGAGACCCCACGCAAAUACUUCCGCCAAGGAUAUGGAGAUAUGGAUCCGUAACAAGUACGAGCGUAAGAUCUAUGCCAUGGAUGGUGUAGAGGAGCCUUACAUCCUGCUUGCCAAAGGAUACAAUCCCCGCGAGAUAAUAGCCAAGGGCACCUUGGGACCAGCUGCUCGUCCACAAUCUCAACCCGCUACGCAGGAGCCCGCCAAUACAGCUAUGGGAGGCAGUAUAAAGGGGUUCGGAGGUCCGGAAGUCCCUGUGUGCUCUUCGACAUCUGAGGACCUGUUUGGUAAUGCCAACGCACAUGGGAACGCCGUCUUCCAGGAUUCGGCGCCACAGGCCAACUGGUCCGGUGACUUUUGGCCCACUUCAACCCCGAGCAAAGGCCGAAAGGCGUCGUUCGACAAUGACCUAAUCGGCACUGUGCCCUCGAGCGUGAGCUUCGAAAGCAACAAGGUCGCAGAAACCAAAAUUGAGGCGGCAAAGGACUCCAUAUCCAAGCUAUUCGACAACCCGAGCCAAAUAGGCUUCAAAAACUCGUCCUACGAGCAAAAGACCCCCAACUGCGUCCAAGGCGACCUCUUUGACUUCAACUUCAGCGAUCUCGGCAAUAAGCUGCAAUCGCAGCAGAAGCAGAAUGACGACUUAAUAUGA